AUAUGACGAAGUUGGUUCAGUAAAGUGGAAUCCAAAAUUAUUUGAAAAUGGAUAGGAAAGCUUUAUCAUUGUUGCUUAUAAGCAGUCUCUACUGUAUAUCUUCACUGGUGCAUGCCACCGAUCUACCUGCUGGGAUAACAAAGUGUUCCAUAACGGAUGAAAAGUGCCUGAAGAAUUCCAUGAAUUAUGUGCUGAAAAAUCACGCAAAGACUGGCAUCAAACAACUUGGCCUGGUUCCACUUGAUCCCCUGCAUGUCAAGAAGUUCAGUCUGGGAAAGAAUCCAAAAAGUCCCGUUAGCAUUGAUCUGACCUUUUCCAAUGCGGAUUUACUCGGUCUCGGUGAAGCCCAAGUCAAGAAAGUAUCACCCUUUACAAGGGAUCUUAGUCAGGAUAUCGAAUUCGAUAUGGUUUCUCCUAAAAUUGCUCUCAAGGGUCCGUAUAGCAUUGAAGGCAAGGUCUUGAUCCUGCCCAUUCACGGCAGUGGAAAAGCUGAAAUAAUUUUGGAACAAUGCAAAGUGCACGCUAAUGUCAAAUUGAAGGGCGUCUCCAAGGGUCAACAUCAGACCUACGCAGAGGUGGUUGAUGUUAAGUUAAACUUGGAUCCAUCACAUGUGUCCUACAGAUUUACCGGUUUGUUCAAUGGUCAGAAAGCUCCAAGCGACACCUUCCACGCCCUGGUCAACGAAAACUGGCGAGAGAUCUUUACUGAACUCAAGGAGGAUAUUUGCACUGCCACCGGAUUGAUUUUCAAGUCAAUUUUAAACAAUACUCUUAGGAAGAGGCCAAUCGAACAGCUCUUCACAGACAUUUAGGGAAACAAUUAAACAGUGUGCAGUUGUUUCUUAGAUUCUAGUAAGUUUAUUCUAAUAAAACAAUUAAAAUUGAACACAAUAU